CCUCACAGCGCGUCUCCCCAGGAAGACUUGUCCUCUGAGAGUGUUCACGCAUCUCAGUCCCGAGCGGCGUCCAUUGCAUCAAACGUCUCUUCUCUGUCUUCUAUUCCGCUGGCCGUAUCGCAGUCGCAUUCUCCACCUCCACCGCCGCCAGUCGUAUUCCCUCCGGCUAGCACUGGAGGGGAAUCCAUCUAUCGUACGAUCAUGAAUAGGUUGUCCACCCUGGAAGCCAACACGACUCUGUACGCGCGGUACGUCGAAGAGCAAACGGCUGGAAUCCGAGAGGUGCUGCUGCGUCUGGGUGAGGAUUUGGGCCGUCUCGAGGGUAUCGGCAAGGCGCAGGCGCAGAUGUAUCAGCGCUCGGUAACAGAGUAUGACAAGCAGCGCAGGAAGCUUGAGUGGGAGCACCGCGAACUGCUCGCCAAAGUGAACAACCUCACCGAGGAGGUGGUUCUCGAGAAACGACUCGGUAUUCUGCAACUCUGCUUGCUGCUCGCCGUGCUGGUGUUCAUGACCCUCACCCGCGGCUCACGAGGCGAGCAUGCAUCCGUCCACCGUGUCCCGGGUUCAGGGCGACCUAUGGGUAUGCGUGAGUGGGGAAGAAGGACGCUGAGCAUCAGUGGCGACUGGGUGAGCCGCUUCAGGAGCCGGAGCCCAACCCCCAAGCCUGUCACACGGCCCGAGUCAAGACAAAGCGACAAGGCUCCAGCGCACACAGUCGAGUUCCCCUCGCAAAGUACACAAACGCCCUCCUCCCACCGCCCCUUCCUCAGCAGCAGCCCGCGCUCCCCGACGUUCCCCCGCUCCGCAACGCGCCACCUCACCUCCCGCCCGCGCACGCCGUCCGCCCUGCGCGUGUCCACGCCGCGCUUCCAAAACCUCCAUGCGCGCAGCACGCAGACGCCGCCGCCCUCCGCACGCCCGCAGAUGACGCGCUCGAGCUCGAGCAGCGCGGGCUUCGGGACGGGCUUCGGGACGACGGUGAUCGGCUCCGUCCCGCGGUCGGCGAAGCGGUGGGCGAGGAGCUCGCACCUCCACGAGGUGAAGACCACGAGCGGCGUUCAGGGCCGCGCCCCAGACACUGCACGGCCGGAGUCCGAGAAGGCUUUCGACGGCGUGCACGAAGGCGACAGCGCGGGCUCGUCGCGGACCGUGCUCGCGUCGGAGGGUGCGACGCCGGCAGGGGACGUCUUCAGUCCGCAGCCCGAGAGCGCGUCCACGCCCACCGCGAGCCAGGGCAAGAGCAGGCAGCUCCGCCCGAAGUUGUCACCCCUGCGCUUCUCGGCUUCUACUGACCUCCCUAGGCUGUGCGUCGUCUCCAAUCCCGCGUCGGACGCGGAAGGCAGCGAGGGCGACGCAUGGGUGGACACCGACGCUGAUGGCUCCGAGUCUGAGCCGGGCGUGGUUGCGCCGGGCAUUGCGCCCAGCCUUGCGCGGCAUGCGAUACCAGCGGCGUAGCCAUGCCUUCCUCGCGACCGACCAACCCGCGUAUUAUUGUUCGUUUCUUUCUUUCUGUGGUUCCUCCUUCUCGGCCUAGAACGCACUCUGCAUAGCAUCCACCGUCGGACACCGCAUGUCAUUAUUGUAUCUUGUAUAUCUGCAUCGUUCGAGCUCCGGUUUAGGCUCACGGAUUCGCUUCUCUCG